UUUCGACUCCAGAAAGAAGAUGAAGACCUUUUCAAGCUCGCAGAAGUAACUAGGGUUCUUGCAUUCUACAAUGAGAACCGUUUGGUUCGUAUUCGCGCCACUGCUACUCGUCCAGGCGAUCUCCGUCAAGCUCAAGGAGACAUCAGACACCCUGGAAGACGAACUGGGCUACAAGUUCAAUGACUCCACGUUACUCCAGGACGCGCUCACGCACUCGUCCUACUCUCGCCACAACAAUGGCCCCCUGCAUUUGCUAGGCGUGAGCAUCAUCCGGGCCAGCGUUUACAAGCAUUACCUCGCGAAGAACCGAGAUGCCACCAAGGAAGAGCUCGAGGCCAUGUCAUCCAGCCUCUCCAGCACCACGGCCUGUGCACGCCGCGCCUCUGGCCUCGGCCUCGACAAGCUCAUCAGGGCCGACGUUCCGGUCGAUCGAAAGUCGGACAAAGUCUUGGCUGUCGCGUUUCAUGUGCUCUUUGGAGCCAUCGCGAUGGAUGGCAGCGCGGACCAAGCCAUGUCUGUCUUCUGGAAGAUCAAGAGCUCAGCGGUGAUAUAAGCUAUCUGUAGUUCCUCUGAUUUCCCUUCUUAGCUGAAAGGAAGAGCAGUGAGUUCUCAGUAUGCUCUUUCUUAGCGUUGUCUCUUGUGUGAAAGCCUGAAAGGAAGAUCUGUGAGUAUACAAGUUUCAAGCUCUUC